CUAGCAUUUAUUGCAUAAGUACUAUAGACCAGAAACUGAUAUGAGCCUCACAUUCAUUAUCUUAUUUAAUGCUCACCGUAGCCGUAUGAGGCAGGCACUAACUCCAUUUCAUAGAUGAAUACACUAAGACUUAGAGAAUUUAAUAUGCCCAAGGUCUCAUGGCUGGCAGGCUUGUCCCAGGUGUGUGAGGCUUCCACGUCUAUGCUCUUAACACACUACCCUGUGUGGCCUCCGGGCUAUGGAUCCAUGUUACAGUUUUAAUCUAUAGGUUUGUUUCAUUUGUCAUUUUCUUAUCAUUUUUUUCCUAUUUUUGGCAUUCAUUUUUGGCACUUUUAGUCUCUUUCCUUUUUUUGGCAUUAUGCAUCAAACAUCAUGUACUAUACACCAUGCAGUGUUCCAGGUAUUCUAAAUACAUUAUCCUUACAAUAACCCUAUCCAUAGGUUUUAUUGUGUCUUAUUUAAAGCAAGGGAAAACUGGAUCUCAGAGACGGUAAGUCAUCUCCCUAACAUCGCAGUAGUAGGUGUCAGAGCCAAACUCUUGAACAUGGAGUGGAGAGUAUGCUCCGAGAUUCAACCGGAACGGGGGCAGUAAAGGAUUGAUGUGGUUGGAGGAAUGGAUUCAGAAGACCACUAGUUAAUGGUGCCACUGGUGGAGGAGCUCCAGAAAGUGGGGUAGAUAGUAUAUGUGGUCUGGAAGGCAAUCCAGGAAAUGCUGUACACCUGGAUGAUCCCCCUGGGGCCUGGGGCCAGUCAGGGUUCUCCUGGUCUGGUCUUUACUGUGGCCUGCCAGAGGCUCUCCUAGAGUCUCCUCAUGUACAGCUGGUAGUCUAGACUCUGGCCAGCUGCUGUAGUGUUAGAGGUUAUAGGUACAAGGAGUUCUCAGGGUGGCAGCCAGAGGAGCUUGGUGCAAAUCCAGCAGUCCCACCAGCCAGUUUGAUGGUAGAGGGAGAGCAAACGAGACACUUUUCAAAUCAAAUAUGCAGAUUGACCAGGCAUGGUGGCUCACACUUAUAAUCCCAGUGUUUGGGGAGGCCAAGGUGGGAGGAUCCCUUCAGGCCGGGAGUUUGAGACCAGCCUGGGCAACAUAGCCAGACCUCAUCUCUACAAAAAAAUUUAAGAAAAUAAGCUGAGCAUGGUAGCUGAGCUCCUUAUCUCCAGCUACUUGGGAGGCUGAGGUGGGAGGAUCGCUUGAGCCUAAAAGUUUGAGGCCUCAUUGAGCUAUGAUUGUGGUACUCCACUCCAGCCUAGGCAACAGAGGGAGAUUCUGUCUGUUAAAAAAUAACAUAGAUGAUAUACACCAUGUGGCCAUCAGUCAGCCAAUGGAUAUGACACAUUGGAAUCUCCAGAACCUUGAACAGUGGUGCUCUUUAUCACAAGGAGACAAACUGAGAGUUCAGGUUUUCAGGUAGCCGGAGAAUGGAGGCUGUGUUAUCCAUUCAUUCAUUUAACAUUUUUGAGCACCUACCAUAUUCCAGAUCAGCAUUCUGGGCACUGAGGGAUUCAACAAUGAAUCAGAAAAAGUCUCCGCCAGAAGGAGCUCAUGUUCCGACAGAACACACCCAUGCACACACACGUCAUCCAGUGGUAAAACAGGCUAUGAAGGUCAGGGAAGGCCCCUCUGCAGAGGUGACAUUGAAUGGAGACUUGAAAGAAGUAGAGGACAGCCAUGUGGAAAUCUGGAGGAAGAGUGUUGCAGGCAAGAGGAGGCGCCAGUGCAAAGCUCAGGAGGCAGGGGUGUGACUGGCAGAUCGGAGGACUUGCAAGAGAACAGCUGCUGAAGCAGAGGGAAGAGGAAGAGUGCCAGGAAUGAGUCAGACAGAUUAUGGACGAUUGGCCAGGGUAUGACUUGAACUUAUUCACGUACCCACAGCACUAUUACGGAGACUUGGAAUAUGUCCUCAUCCCUCACGGCAUCAUUGUGGACAGAAUUGAGCGGCUGGCCAAGGAUAUUAUGAAAGACAUAGGAUAUAGUGACAUCAUGGUCCUGUGUGUGCUUAAAGGAGGUUACAAAUUCUGUGCUGAUCUCGUAGAACACCUUAAGAACAUCAGCCGAAAUUCAGAUCGAUUUGUCUCAAUGAAGGUUGAUUUCAUCAGACUAAAAAGUUACAGGAAUGACCAGUCCAUGGGUGAGAUGCAGAUAAUCGGAGGCGAUGAUCUUUCAACGCUGGCUGGAAAGAAUGUUCUCAUUGUUGAGGAUGUCGUCGGAACUGGGAGGACCAUGAAAGCACUACUCAGCAAUAUAGAGAAAUACAAGCCCAACAUGAUUAAGGUAGCCAGUUUGUUGGUGAAGAGAACACCCAGAAGUGAUGGCUUUAGACCUGACUAUGCUGGAUUUGAGAUUCCAAACUUAUUUGUGGUGGGAUAUGCCUUAGAUUACAAUGAAUACUUCAGAGAUCUGAAUCACAUAUGUGUCAUCAAUGAGCACGGUAAAGAAAAAUAUCGAAUCUAAAGACAUGAAUUCUCACCACUAAAGUCCCAGAUAACAUCAUACUUACGCCUGUACUCGGGAAGCCAGCUGUCAAGUUUGUCCCCCCAGGCAUCUUCACUCAGCAGGAUAUAAAAGAAAAAAAUGUUCAAAUGAGAGAACUUUCUUUUCUGAGGUUAAUAUAAAGAGUAUCAAAGGUUCUUAAGGAAAAGAAAGCAGUGCUUUUAUUUGACUUGUUCCAAAUUAAACACUCCGCCUUGUGACUCAGCAAUGCUAUCUACCUUCACACUCCUCAGCUCCGCCUGCCUUUGUUUUUGAUAGUCAUUAUAUUUGAUUAGCAUUCCCAGCAAUACCCCCACCUAGUUACUCAAAUAUUUUUCACUUAACUUUUUAUACUCUUAUUUUGGUAAUAAGCUUACAAUAUUAAGAAGCUGGGGACUUUUUUUUAACUGAAGCCUUGAGUCCCCUAUACCGGGAAUGCAGCUAUUAAUAGAUUCCCAUAUUUUAAAAGGAGGGAAAGGACAAUUUAAUAUCAAUUUCUGUUUGUGCAUUUCUGACAGGCCAUUAUUAUCUGCUUUCACAAAGCCUUUCUGAAACGCAGUGUACAAUGAAUCUUAAUGAUGUUAUGAAACGAGCUUUGCUCGGGGCUCUUGAUGGGAGCUUCCGGUAUGUGAUGACGGUAUGUCAUGUAUGCAUGGAUGUACUCAACUGUGUUUAAUACUCUGAAUUUUAAUUAGAAAAAAAUACAAUAGCAGCAAGGCCCUGGUUUCUAAGCUGUAUCCUUUUAUUCAUGUGGGACAUGAGCAAAUGGCAGAAUUAGGGGCGAGUGCUUUCAGUGCUCGAAACUAAGCAAGUAUAAAUUUUUCCUCUUAUUUGCAUGAAAGGACAAGACACCGUUAUGCCCUGUCCUAAACGUGAAGACAGAGGUUGAAUUUUUUUUUUAAAUAUCUUUAAAAGACUGAUCACAAAAUCCAAGGUGCUACAGGAAACAAGCACACUUAAAGUUUUUUUCUGAAUAACGUUUUUUUCCAAUUUCUCCAUUUUAUGAGCCAUUUCCUAAUUUAUGGGGAUUUUAAUUGAAAAUAAACUUGAGUCCCAAUAGAGCUGUUUUUUUCUCACUUCCUACAAAAUGCAAAUGCAAAAUAAAUAACUAAGCAGCUUUUGUUUGGUUCUGAGCCGUAUGUGGCAUAUUGUUAUUAGGUUCUAGCUUCCUUUAAACUAAUAAAGAAUAAGAAAACUUGUUAUGUUUUA